AGGGGGUCAAAGGAGCCAUUUCCCAUGGCUUCUACCGCCGCUUUGCUCUCGACCGCGGUGGAUUACUACAACGACGAAGAGGAGCUCGACAGCGUUGACGACGACGACGAGCGCAGCUUUCGAGGGAGAGACUCCGAAGAAGGAUCACACGCUUUGCCCCAUUUGCUGCUCAACUAUUGCCCCCUCGACUCCGAUUCAUGGUUUAAGCAAUGCCGAUGACGGUGUGUGUUUGGAAAUGUAUUGGACGGCGGGAUUCCUGUCGAGGUGUAGCGCCAUCAGCUGGCUUAUGCUAACAGUCGGACACAGAAGACGCCAGCGAAACGGACCUCGCCAAGCACGACGAAGACGACUAUGUGGAAAUCAAAGAGCAAAUGUAUCAGGACAAGCUGGCUUCUCUGAAAAGACAACUGCAGCAAUUGCAAGAAGGCACUUUGCAGGAGUAUCAGAAGAGAAUGAAGAAGUUAGAUCAGCAAUACAAAGAGAGGCUGCGCAAUGCAGAUCUCUUUCUGCAGCUGGAGACGGACCAGGUGGAGCGAAACUACAUCAAAGAGAAGGAGGCGGCCGUGAAGGAGUUUGAUGACAAGAAGGUGGAGCUGAAGGAGAACCUCGUGGCCGAGCUGGAGGAGAAGAAGAAGUUGAUUGAGAACGAGAAGUUAACCAUGGAGCUGACUGGCGAUUCCAUGGAGGUCAAGCCUAUCAUGACGCGCAAGCUGAGGAGAAGACCCAACGACCCCGUGCCCAUUCCGGACAAGAGACGCAAGCCGGCGCCUGCGCAGCUCAAUUAUUUGCUCACAGACGACCAGAUCAUGGAAGAUCUCCGAACAUUGAAUAAGCUCAAGUCGCCGAAACGAGCAGCGUCGCCGUCGUCUCCGGAGCGCAUGCCCUCGGCGCCCGCCGAGUACCCGGCGCAGCGCUUCGAGGCUCGCAUCGAGGACGGCAAACUGUACUACGACAAAAGAUGGUACCACAAGAGCCAGGCCAUCUACCUGGAGUCCAAAGACAACACCAAGAUCAGUUGUGUCAUUAGCUCAGUGGCCACCAAUGAGAUUUGGGUGAGGAAGACCAGCGACAGCACAAAGAUGAGGAUCUACCUUGGACAGCUGCAGAGGGGAGCCUUCGUCAUCCGGCGGCGGUCGGCAGCUUGAAAAGAGCCCCCCCCCCCCCCCAACCAAGUGUCAAUUGUACAUUCGCCCAAACAAACGUUGGUUGUGUUUAUGUAGGCCGUCCAUCUGAUUUUUAUUCCCUUUUGACAAAUAAACGAGCUCAAGCCAA